AUGGAAGACUCGAUGGAUACGGACAUGAGCCCCCUGAAGCCCCCAAAGUAUCUUUUUGGUUGUGAACUAAAGGCCGACAAAGAUGACCGCUUUCAGGUGGAUAAUGCUGAAAACGAGCACCAGUUAUCUUUAAGAACGGUCAGUUCAGGUGCUGGUGCAGAGGAUGAACUGCAUGUUGUUGCAGCAGAAGCAACGAAUUAUCAAGGCAGCCCAAUGAAAGUAACACUGGCAACUUUGAAAAUGUCCGUACCGCCAACGGUCUCCCUUGGGGGCUUUGAAAUAACACCACCAGUGGUCUUACGGUUGAAGUGUGGCUCAGGGCCUGAGCCUAUUAGUGGACAGCCUUUAGUAGCUGUGGAGGAAGAUGCAGAGUUAGACGAUGAAGAGGAGGAGGAUGUGAAACUUUUAAGUGUAUCAGGAAAGCGGUCUGCCCCCAUAAGUGGUAACAAGGUUCCACAGAAAAAGGUAAAACUUGCUGCUGCUGAAGAAGACGAUGAUGAUGAUUUUGAUGAUGAAGAAGAUGAUGAUGAUUUUGAUGAUGAUGAAACUGUAGAAAAAGCUCCAGUGCAGAACAAGAUCGAAACGUCAAAAAUCCUUCAAAAAACUCCCCAAACACGGAAAGGCCCUAGUUCUGUAGUUAAAGCCAAAAUGCAAGCAAGUAUAGAAAAGGGUGGUUGUCUUCCUAAAGUGGAAGCCAAAUCCUCAAUGACGUGA